AUGCCACCAAAAUUUGUGAAGUUUGAUCCAAACGCUCCAGACUUCAACCCAAACGGGUCUAGCUUCAAUCCAGGCAAUACUAACUGGGGUGCUCAGGAUACAGGAUAUACCGGUUAUCAAGGUGCAGGCCAGACAUAUAAUCAAGGUUUCAAUACUAAUUUUAACAGCAACUAUAACAAUAACUAUGGAAGCAGCAGGUAUCAAAGCAACACUAGACAAUUUAACAACAAAAAGAGACAACCAAAGAAUAUGUCAUACGAUGAGUUCCUGGCAAUGCAACAAGGCACUUUAAAUAACAAAGUGACCAGUGCCAAUUCCUCUGCAGUCUCUUCUCGUGCAAACUCAAGUACGAACAUUGCUUCCUCUGUUGCCAUGGGUGCAAACCCAUCUACCUCUUCAGUUUCGUCUAUUUCAUCUGCGCUAGAAAAACUAGAUAUUACGCCAAUUUCAACACAAUUAUCAGAAAUGAAUAGGGCCACGAAAAUCUCCGAAAUCCGUGAACAAUGUAACGCAAUCAGUGACUUAAUAUUUCAAGAAGGUGCCCAUGCAAUUGUCGAUUGGAAAAUUGCAGAGGUUCUCAAGACUUUGAGUAAACCAAAAAAUAAUGCUCUACUAAGGGAAGGUGCGUCUAUUUUAAUUCAAACAUUAAGUCGUAAAUUUGCAGGUGCAACCCCAUUUGAGGCAUAUUUUGUUGAUCUUUUCACAUAUGCGUUUGAGCUUUUCACCGACAAGGAAAACACAGUCAAGAGAGCGGCACAAAAUGCAGUCGAUUCAUUGUACGGUAUGUUCCCAACGGAAGCAAAGGCGUCUACUUUAGUUGGAUUAUUCCUCAAUAUCUUGAAAUCAAGUGCAAAGUGGCAAUCAAAAAUUGCUUGCUUGAAACUAUUUGAAAGACUCAUUGAGGAGUGUCCAGCUGAUUUAUUGGAACUGGAGUUCUACAAAGCGGUUCCUAUUUUAACAGAUAUGGCUACCGAUUUCAAACCAGAACUAGCAAAGGAAGGUAUGAAGGUGUUGAAGCAAUUUGUUAACGUUUUGGAUAAUUUAGAUUUAUCCCCUAGAUAUGACAUCAUUGUUGAAACAUUGGCAAAUCCAUCGAAUGUUCCAAAUUGUAUCAAGACUUUAGCUUCUGUAACUUUCGUGGCAGAAGUCACCGAACCUGCACUUUCUUUACUUGCCCCAAUUAUUGAUAAGUCCUUGAAAAUGUCAUCCUCUUCUCAAGAACAAUUGAGACAGACUGUCAAAAUCACCGAGAAUUUGACCAGAUUAGUCAAUAACAAACGUGAAAUCGAAAAGUACAUUCCUAUUUUGCUUCCAGGUUUGAAGCAAGUUGUUGAGACUGCGUCCCUUCCAGAAGUUAGAGAUAUGGCCAAUGACGCAUUACAUGUUGUUGAGGAUGCUGAAAAGGAGCACGGUGAUGGUAAGUUCCACGGUAGAUUAACAAAAGAAACUGCAGUAGAGUAUGUCGAGCAAUUCAGCGAAAAGGUCAAAAGUGAUACGAUUUUUAACUUUUUAGUUGGAAUUGUCGUUUCGGACUCUAACAUUAAUAAUUGGGAUGCAUUGUCUGAAUAUUUUAACAUGGCUUUAGAAUCGUUUUAUAAUGGUGAUGAAGAACAAAAGAAAUUAGAUGUUGAGUCUAUGGUGCUAAAGUUAAAAACUUUAUUUACUCCAGAUGCAGUUAAAGAUGAUGAAGAAGAUGGUAUUGUUAUCGUUAAUACACCUUUUUCUCUUGCAUACGGUGCUAGAAUGUUGUUAAACAGAACAAACUUAAGGUUAAUCAAGGGACACAGAUAUGGUCUUUGUGGUAGAAACGGUGUUGGUAAGUCCACAUUGAUGAGAGCCAUCAACAAUGGUCAAUUAGAAGGUUUCCCUGAUCAAUCCGAAUUGAAAACAUGUUUUGUUGAACAUAAAUUACAAGGUGAGGAGGGUGACCUAAACUUGGUAGAUUUUAUUGCUUCUGAUCCUGAUUUAAGCUCGGCUACAAAGGAAGAGAUUGCUUCUGCUUUGGAGUCUGUUGGUUUUAAUGAAGAAAGAAGAGCCCAGAAGGUGGGAUCUCUUUCUGGAGGUUGGAAAAUGAAAUUGGAAUUAGCUCGUGCAAUGUUGUUGAAGGCUGAUAUUUUGUUGUUGGAUGAACCUACAAACCAUUUAGAUGUCUCUAAUGUCAAAUGGUUAGAGAACUAUUUAGUUGAACACACCGAUAUUACUUCCUUAAUUGUUUCCCACGAUUCUGGUUUCUUGGAUACUGUUUGUACAGAUAUCAUUCACUAUGAAAAUAAAAAGUUGGUCUAUUAUAAGGGUAACUUGUCUGAUUUUGUUGAGAUCAAACCAGAAGCAAAGGCAUACUAUACUUUGACUGAUUCAAACGUUAAAAUGCAUUUCCCAGCACCAGGCCUUCUAACCGGUGUUAAAUCUAAUACAAGGUCUGUUGCAAGAAUGUCUAACGUUACAUUCACAUAUCCCGGAACUGAAAAACCAUCUUUGAAGAAUGUCUCGUGUAGUAUUUCCUUAUCUUCGAGGGUUGCAGUCUUAGGUCCUAACGGUGCUGGUAAGUCUACUUUAAUCAAGUUAUUGACAGGUGAAUUAGUUCCUCAGGAAGGUACCGUUGAGAAGCACCCAAAUUUACGUAUUGGUUAUAUUGCUCAGCAUGCAUUACAACAUGUCAACGAACACAAGGAAAAAACUCCUAACCAAUACUUGCAAUGGAGAUAUAGGUUUGGUGAUGAUAGAGAAGUUUUGCUGAAGGAGUCCCGUAAAAUUGGCUCGGAUGAAGAGCGUAAAAUGAUGGAGGUUCAGAUUGAUGUUGAUGACGGACGUGGCCCUAGAUACAUUGAAGCCAUUGUUGGUAGACAAAAGUUAAAGAAAUCCUUCCAAUACGAAAUUAAAUGGAAGAAUUGGUUACCAAAAUGUAAUUCUUGGGUUCCAAAAGAAGUUUUAGUGGAGCAUGGUUUCGAAAAGCUUGUUCAAAAGUUUGAUGAUCAUGAAGCUUCUCGUGAAGGUCUUGGUUACAGAGAAUUGACUCCAAAAGUUAUCAGAGAACAUUUUGAAGCUAUUGGUUUAGAUGGUGAAAUUGCCGAUCAUACUAUGUUAGGUUCCCUUUCUGGUGGUCAAUUAGUUAAGGUUGUCAUUGCCGGUGCUAUGUGGAACAAUCCACACGUCUUGGUUUUAGACGAACCUACCAACUAUUUAGACAGAGACUCCUUGGGUGCCUUAGCAAUGGCUAUAAGAGAAUGGAAGGGUGCUGUUGUUAUGAUCUCUCACAACAACGAAUUCGUAGGUGCAUUGUGCCCCGAACAAUGGAUUGUGGAAAACGGUGAAUUGGUUACCAAAGGUGUUGCUGAAAUUGACCAAUCUCGUUUUGAAGAUGGUGGUAACUCUGAAAAGACCAAGCUUGCUACCGAAUUAGCCAAAAAGGCCGCGGCAAAAGCUGACACUGAUUCAUCUCCUGCUGAUAUUAAAGUAAAGAGAAAGAAGAAGAAGAUGACCAGAAACGAGAAGAAGGCACAAGAGGAAAGAAGAAGGCUCAGGUACAUUGAAUGGUUGAAUUCUCCAAAAGGUACUCCUAAACCUCCAAAUACUGAUGAUGAAGAUGAAGAUGAUUAA